AUGCAGAGAGUUCUCAGUCUCCCCACGAGCUACCGGCGCAUAACCCAAGGCUCACUUACGCAGUUCAAACACAGCUGCGUAAAAAGUCAAUUCAUUUCAAGUUUCGCAUUCGCUGUGCCUCGUCUUGUAGCACCUCAUCUUGCAUCAGCUGAGCACGUUCCUCAUGUUCGAAAUGCUUCUGAGAUUCUUCAAAAACAUGGCAUUCUCAAGAUUAGCCUGCAAUUUGAAGACCAAGAUAGCAAGUAUCUCGAAGCUUUGAUUCUCAACUUCCACAGACGCCACGGACAUGGACUGCCUAUAUCGCACAGUGCCACACGGGGCUGGUUCUGGGAUGUACGCCCUAGCAGCACCAACUUCCAGACCAAAAACCAUCGCGCUCGAUCGGAGACCAUGGAAGAAUUUCCAUGGCACACAGAUUGCAGCUACGAAAAUCCCCCACCGCGGUUCUUCGCCCUUCAAAUCUUGCAGCCCGACCGCUGUGGCGGAGGCACACUCUCCGCCAUGAAAGUGAAACAAUUGAGCCAGUUUCUCUCGCCGAGCACUUUGAGCGCCCUGUUCCAGCCAGAAUUCAGCAUCGCCAUUCCACCCGAGUUCAUCAAAGACACCAACCACCGAACGAUCAUCGGCAGCAUAUUAGCAACCGAUGGCAAAACCCGAAAUAUUAUCAUGCGGUACCGACGGGAUAUCAUUACUCCUGUGAGCGACCGGGCUGAGAAGGCGCUAGAUGAGCUAGAACGCGCUUUGCAGCAGCAUGAAGUGCAGUCGCGAUCAGUUCUACACCUCACUUCUGAUAUGCUACCCGGAGGCUCCAUCAUCUUGCUAGAUAAUCGGCGAUGGCUGCACGCACGAAACGAGAUCAAUGAUCCCGAGAGACAUCUCCGUCGAGUUAGAUGGGAUUCGGUAGCAUUCCCUGUGGAGGCAGAUAUGAAAGAUCCAUAG